CUCGACUGAAACACCACAUACUAACAAAAAUGGCAGCUAAGUUCAUAAUCCUCGCUGCAUGCGUGGCCGCGGCUCGUGCCAGCGGUGGCAGCUACUCAUACUCGUACGGAGUGACGGACCCCAACACUGGCGACGUGAAGAGCCAGCACGAGAAACGUGUCGGAGACUCCGUCGUGGGCCAGUACUCUCUAGUCGACCCUGACGGCACUAAGCGCACUGUGGACUACCAGUCGCAUCCCAGCACUGGAUUCAACGCUGUCGUCCGUAAAGACCCUCCUUACGGCGUCCAUCCUUCUCCUGCGGCUUACAGUGGAGCAUACGCCGGUGCUGGUCUCGCUAAGGCGGGUCUCGCUGCGCCCUUAGCCCACGGAGCGCUAGCCACUCCUCUGGCGCAUGGAAUCGCCGCUCCUCUCGCUGUUGCCACCCCUCUCGCCCACGCUCCCCUCGCAGCCCCGUUAGCCCACAGUGGUCUCGCCGCUCCUCUCGGUGGUUACGCCGGCGCCCCCUAUGCCACAGGACUCGCAGGCCGCGCCGUCUCCUACGCUAACUUCAAUCGCUACCCUGCUCACCGUGCCGGAUAUGCUGGAGCUGGUUACGCAGGAAUCGGAGCUGGUCUUGGAUAUGGAGGUUAUGGCGCUGGUCUCGGCGCGUAUGGCGCUCCUCUGGCUGCUGCCGGCUAUGGCGCUCCUCUGGCCCAUGGAGCCGCUGCCUACACUGGUCUAGCUCAUGGUAAUCUCGCUGCUCAUGGUCUCAAAUUCGGUGCAAAAUGGUGAA